AUGGCACAUCUUUCACCUAUGGUAUCCAUCCCAAAGAAGUCCACGGAUGAGGCGGACUGGACGACGCCGAUUCGGAAUGCAAUCUCGCACUCGUAUGGCGAGGACCCGGAUAAUUACGCUACGGAGUGCGCGAACCUUCAGAGAUGCAGGCAGGAUGCCGUCAAGGGCGCGGGCAGUGACAUGACAGCCCGGGACCUCCUGUACAAGUACUUCGGACAGCUCGAGUUGCUGGAGCUGCGCUUUGCAGAGAUCCGAGUCAACUUCCCGUGGCGGGAUGCGUUCACGAACAAGUUGAUCACACAGACCUCCAUCGCGUACGAGAAGGCAUCCAUCAUAUUCCAGAUCGCAGCUACACAUUCUGCAAUUGCUGCUUCCCAGAAUCGUGCGGAUCCUGAGGGUCUGAAGCGGGCAUUCUACUACUUCCGCACUUGCGCAGGUAUGCUCACCUACAUCAAUGACAACUUUCUGCACGCGCCAUCAACGGACCUGAGCCGUGAAGUCGUCAAAUUCCUUGUCGGUAUAAUCAUGGCCCAGGCCACGGAAGUGUUCUUCGAGAAGUGCACAGAUGAGAAGAAGGGAAACGCGCUCGUGGCCAAGAUUGCAGCUCAGGCCGCGUUCAUGUACACAUCCCUUAGCGAGGAAGUGAAGGAGUUCAUGGGCAAAGGUAUCUUCGACCGCAAUUGGGUUACUGUGAUCCAGGCGAAGGCCAAGUACUUCACAUCUCUGGCUCAGUUUCACAGAGGCCUUGCAGACAGCGCUGCGGGCAAGCAUGGAGAUGCGCUUGUACGCUUCACUGUUGCAGAGACGGCGGCCAAAGAAGCGAAUCGUUCUGCCUCCUCCUUCGCGUCCACAUUCGUCACCCAGAUGUCGCCCAAUCUUCCACCAGAUGCAGGUUCUACCUUACUCGAUCUAACCAAGACUCACCUCGCAUUAUGCACGGACAAGAAGAACACAGCGCAAAGAGAAAACGACCUCAUCUACAAUGCUGUGCUACCCGCACCCGAAGCCUUGCCGCAACUGGAGAAAGCUGCAGUGGCGACGCCGAUCACCAUCCAGGAGGUGUAUGCGAGCCCAGAUGUACAGAAAGUGAUUGGUACGGACAUGUUCGUGCGACUUAUUCCGCUCAGCGUGCACGAAAGUGCGAGUGUGUACUCGGAAGAGAAAGCCAAGCUCGUUCGGAGCGAGGUUGAGAAGGCGGACAACGCGGACGCGGAAGUGAAGAGUGCCCUAGAGUCCUUGGGCGUGAAGCAGGGACUCGUGCGCUUCAAGGCGAUCGCGGAGGGCGGCGUCGGCGGUGGAGAUGAGGUGCCCGUCGAGGUGCGCCGGUGGCGCGAAGAUAUCAGCGUCAUGGAAGAGCGCGAGGGUGCCGACUCGCUUAUCGCGCAGCUUAAUAAGCUCAAAGAAGCUGUGAAGGCAGAGCUCGACGGUAUAAGCAGAGAACUGGAGGUUGAGAGCAAAAACUGCGAAGCCAUGCGCGUUAAGUAUGAUCACUUGUGGACCCAGGCACCUUCGGCUUCCCUGACGAAGCCGCUGCGCCAAGACCUAAAGGCUCACAACAGCGCGCUAGAGGCAGCGGCCCAGUCCGAUCAACAAGUUGUUGCUCUCUGGGAGUCCGUCAAGAGCGAGAUCCGCCUGCUGCUUUCUCCGCAGGUUGAGGAGGUGUUCCGAGCGAGCACAGAGGGCACUGGAGCGGGAUCAGAGAACUUGCUGGACUUGGACGUCACCAGCGAGACGCGAGACGAGGAAGAGCGAGUGAAGAUUGCUCAGCUUGUUGACGAACUCGAGGAGCGGCUGGGUAGGCUGAACAAGAUUGCUCACGAAAGGACUCAGGUGCUGAAAGAUCUCAAAGAGAAGGUCCAGUCAGACGACGUCUCACACUUGCUCCUGCUUAAUCGCCGGAACAGUGGUAUCGAGAACAGCUUGUUUGCUGGUGAACUUGAGAAGUUCAAGCCAUAUCAGCAGCGUCUUGCGGCUACAGUGCAACACGAGCAGCUCACGCUUGAGGAGUUGUCGACACUUUGGCACGGCUUGAGAGACCUUGCAGGCCGCGGACCGGGUGCAAAGAAGUGGGAGGAGCGAGAGCGCCGGAAGAAAGACACCAUACGCCGGUUCUCACGGGCUCGCGAUGGGUAUAUGGAAGUGCGGGAUGGCCUUGCAAAAGGGCUACAGUUUUACAGUGAACUCACUGAACUGACGACAGGUCUCAAGCGAAACGUCAAGUCAUUUGUGUCAGAAAGGGCAAGUGAGCGCGAGGCGCUCGCAGCGCAAGCCGAGACGGAGCGCAGGCUGUCUCAACCGAGUGUCACGUCGUCGUCGACGCGGAAGCCACCGCUUCCUCCACCACCGCCUCGGUCACAGAGCUCUUCAAUGCCUCCAGGUUUCGAGUCCUCCUUCGCAUCUAUGAACUUGCAGGGCAGUCGGAACGGGCCUUUGUCGCCGCCACUUCCGCCGCCGCCUCCAGGCCAGAAUUCAUGGAUGUCCCUCGGCUCGGCACCGACUGCUCAGUACCCAACACCACCGCCACUUCAGCCGUCAAGGACACCAUAUCCUCCCCCUCCUACAGUAUCACCACCCCAACCCUCAAAUUUGCCAUAUCCGCCUCCUGCGUCAGGUAAUUCGACUUUCCAAGGAGGAUAUGCGCCCUCAGCACCGCCCCUCGAUCCUUACGCCUCCCUGAGUAUGUUCGGCACUAGUAGUAGCCCUUCGCCACACUCGACACGUGCGCCACAGCCGCCGCCGGCGCGACCUCCUCAACAGUACCCUACUUCUCAGCAACAGCAGCAACCUCCCCCCUUCCAACAAGAGAUGUAUGCACAAUCUGCACCAUCAAUAUAUUCUCAACCGCAGCACCAGCCUCUGUACCCUCCUCCGUCGCAGCCGUCGUAUGCGAACAAAUCUCAACAUGCAGGCUCUCUUUUGCCGCCUCCUCCGCCGCCGAUUUCAUAUCAAUCGCAAUAUGCUUCGCCAUCGCCUCCUGUGCAGCAACAAAGUGCAUAUCACUACCAAGGCGACCCACCGCAGCAGCAGCCCUACGACCAGUAUUCUCAAGGCUAUAGUCGAUAA